AUGGCCUCAGACAUGACCAAGGGUAAGGCACCCUCCACCAGCGUCUAUCCUUCUCCAGCAGACGAGAUCAACCCCACAUUCGAUUCACCAGCCUUCGACGAACAACAUGUCGCUCCAUCAGUGCAAAGGGAUAAGAUUACACUGCCACCCAUCAAAAGUCUUGUCAACCAGAUGCCAUCGCCGUCGACAUCCCCGCAAUUGCCGGUCGCAUAUUACAGAACUCCCGUCGAUACUUGUUUGCCAUCGCCGAACAAGUUUGGUAGAGGCCAAGAUGCUCCUCUAUUCCCGGACCAGCCAACGAUCUCUUAUGAUGAUGCAAGACCACAGCCUCUCUUUGGUCACCCUGCUCCACCCAUUCAGCCUGCUAUUCUCUCUGAGCGAGAUCAGCAGCGAUUUGCCCCUCCAGAGCAACACAGUCUCGGUGAAAUCACAAUGCCACAACCACGUUCUGGUGUCCUUCCUCGCCCUGUCCCGAUCGAGCCUCCUGUUCAGCGUCAAUCUAUCUUACAGCCUCGCCCUUUGUAUGGGCCUGCGCAAAGCGGCUUUAAUGGCCUCAGCAAUGCUAAGAGCGGCCCUUCCAUCAGACCAUCAUACCCACCCGGUAGGAAACCAAAGCAGAGACAGACCGCAUUCGACAUCCACAUGGGAAGACCAAUCUCUCCAGACACCCCAAGAUACGGAAGCAAUGACCUCUGGGCCAGGCAGUGUCGUGAUCCCGUCACAUAUGUCACGCCAAUUCGUGAUGAAUGGACCCAAUUCUUCGAGGCUAGAAGGGCCAAUCUACCUCGACCAACUUUCCCAGUAGCAGCACCUCCUGGUGUUCUCGCUAAUAUGGAGCGAACAUCAACAGCCGAUGAUGCCAUGUUUGUCGCAAGACAUGGAACGACAUCUGGAUCUAGAGGGCACCAGGAGAAGCGUAGAGCUGAUAGUGGACUCGAAAUGUCCCCGCCAAAGCGCACGAGAAAGACUUCGGCUAGCAAAGCGCCUCUGAAGCCUUCGGUCUCGCCUCGUGAGGCACCAUUGGAUGUGCCUGACAAGAUGUUCCGACGUCGUACGAACGAUGCAAACAAAGCGAAAGCGCCAGCAGACAAGGUUGUACGCGACUUCAAGAUCUAUCCUGACUACUGUCCGGACUUGUCGACUUUGGACAGCGAUCAGGUGAACUUCCCCAACAUCGAGUGGAAGGCCACGCCUCAGGAUGUAAGCGGUCAUGAAGAUUGCCACCGCCUCCUUCAUGCCAAGGAAAUUCCAAUCGUUUCGAAACUUGUCUUGACUCCUUCGGAUUACGUUUACAUCAAGCGUCGCUUCUUUUUCCAUCGUCUCGAGUAUGCGAGAAAGGGCCAAUCUUUCAACAUCAAUGCCGCCCAACUCGCUUGUAAAGGAGCGGACGUGCACGGCAUUACAGGCAUCGACGUCAACAAGACUAGCCGCUUGCACAAAGCCUUUGAUAAAGUUGGCUGGCUUGACGAGAAACACAUGCAGAAGUAUGUGUGA